GCUGCUCCUAUUUCCGAGCCUCAUCGACGUCACUCCUCGACGAAUAAUGGAUGGGACGGAUUCCUUCCGCAGACGCCAACGACCUUAAGGCCACCUUCCGCCGUCAAUAUAUGCACGUAUAGAAACCGCAAGUAACUCAUCCUCCUCAUCCGCUACUCUUCACCGUCCCGUCUCCCCUCGUCGUCGGAAGAGGGGGAGGAGGAAGCGGAGGAGAAAGUAAUGGCGUCCCCGUGCCCCUUGUCCCUACUUCUUCUUGUCAUCGCUUUAGCCUCGGCGCUUCAUCCGCCGCAGCAGGUCUUUGCAGUAAAACCAAUGCCUCGACUCAGGACAGAUUCAAUGAUACUUCAGAAUUCAAUUAUUCAAAAGAUUAAUGCUAACCCUAAUGCUGGAUGGAAAGCGUCCAUGAACUCCCGUUUCGAAAAUUAUACAAUUGGUCAGUUCAAGCAUAUUCUUGGGGUGAAACCAAUGCCUCACAAUGAGGUGAUGGAUAUUCCUACAAAAACUUAUACAAAAUCUUUAAAGCUUCCGAAGCAAUUUGAUGCAAGGACGGCUUGGCCUCAGUGUAGCACAAUUGGAAGAAUACUUGAUCAGGGGCACUGUGGUUCAUGUUGGGCUUUUGGUGCUGUAGAAUCACUUUCCGAUCGUUUCUGCGUUCACUUUGGCAUGAACAUUUCUCUGUCCGUCAACGACCUUUUAUCCUGCUGUGGGUUCAUGUGUGGAGACGGCUGUGAUGGAGGGUACCCCAUACGUGCGUGGCGGUACUUUGUCGAGAAUGGCGUCGUCACUGAUGAGUGUGACCCAUAUUUCGAUGACAUUGGAUGUGCUCAUCCAGGCUGUGUACCUCUAUAUCCAACCCCACAAUGUGCAAAAAAGUGUCAAGUUAAGAAUCUCUUGUGGGAUGAGUCUAAGCAUUUCGCUGUCAACGCUUAUAGAGUAAAAUCGGAUCCACCGGCUAUCAUGACAGAGGUCUACACAAAUGGUCCUGUGGAAGUCAGCUUUACUGUUUAUGAGGACUUUGCUCACUAUAAAUCAGGAGUCUACAAGCAUUUGACAGGUGAUGAAAUCGGUGGCCACGCCGUAAAGCUGAUCGGAUGGGGGAGUAGCGAUGAGGGUGAAGACUACUGGCUUCUUGCAAACCAGUGGAACCGAGGCUGGGGUGAUGAUGGUUACUUCAAGAUCUCAAGGGGCACAAACGAAUGUGGAAUCGAAGAGGAUGUUGUUGCUGGGAUGCCCGCGUCUAAGAACUUGAUCGUAGAUUAUACUACCAGCGAUCCAAAAGCCGCUGCCAGUGCUUAGUUUCACAUAUUCCUUGUAACGAGGACGCCUAUUAUCUAUGUUGUCAAGAUGUCAAACCUUAAACCUAGCAACAGGUCAUAUGGUUACUUGGGUGAAGGGGAUGAUGUUGGUCUUUUGCUGAAUGAUUUCAUCUCGUUCUGUGAUCAUUUCUGGUUAAUCUGAUUAAGAUGGCUAAAUAUUGAACCGGUUA